AGCAGUUAGUGAAGGUAAAACAUAUACCAUUUGAGAAGAGCGAUUGAAGAUUGAGUCUUUCGCGUUACAGUGAAAAUGUUAUUUUUUGUGGUACUUGUGGUAAUGGCGGGCUAUGCGUCGGGUUAUUCAGUCGUCACAGAUAAAGACACCGGUAUCAGAAUACCACUUCCGGACAGUGAUCGCUGGUCGCGGAUACUCGUGGCGACGACAAAUAAUGACACACAAGCCAGUAUCACCUUCCAUGUUGAGGGCUACGAACUCCUCACUGAAUCAGCUAGUCCAGUGGAACCCGGGGUUUGGCACAUCUGUGAUAUCUUCCAACCGGGCGACCAGGAGGAGGGCUAUGCUGUGGCACCUCUUUUUAGUAUUGGACACAAAUUUACUGAAAGAAUCCUCCAGUUAUCUUUGGUGAGCAAUGCCAGCGUCACCUGGGUUUUGUGCACAGACUCCUAUACGUGCGACUUGGUGUCCCUUAAUCAGGAGGAAGAACCGGAGAAAGAGGAGCAGGUGGAGCAGGUGGAGCAGGUGGAGCAGAUGGAACAGGUGGAGCAGACAGGAGCUACAGGUGGAGCCACAGAUACGAGCAACACCGUCCUGAUUGUAAUCUGUGUGUUCCUUGCUCUGUUGUCUUCCGUCCUUUCUCUUUACAUAUGCUGGACGAAACACCGUUGGGAGUUGACAUGCAAAAAACCACAACUAGAAAAAACAGCGACAUCCCCUCCUGCAGAAGGAGUAGAAGCGCCUGCCACGACCUCGACAUCGAACUCAGAACACAACAGCGAGAACAGCCUAUACAACGUGAUUACAAAAUGACGUUCACUAGGUGUUCUCUAGUUCUCUAGAUUAGUAUUUCUUUUAGCCUUAGAGUCUUUGCAGCGCUCUUGGUAACAGUCACCCAUGCAUCCAUGCUUACAUACAUACAUACAUACAUACAUAGAUACAUACAUGCGUGUACACAGACAUGAACAUACAUGCAUACAUGCAUACAUACAUACAUACAUACAUACAUACAUACAUAGAUACAUACAUGCGUGUACACAGACAUGAACAUACAUGCAUGCAUGCAUACAUACAUACAUAUAUAUAUAUGUAUAUAUACACACAGACAUGAACAUAAAUGUGUAUGUAUGUAUGUAUUUAUGUAUGUGGAUAUAUAUGUAUGUAUGUUCAUGUCUGUAUAUAUAUACAUAUAUGCAUAUAUGUACUGUAUACAUAUACAAGGACACAUGAAUAUGUAC